AUGGCUGGCGGAAAGGGCAAGUCUUCUGGUGGCAAGAGCUCCGGCGGCAAGACGUCCGUCGAUGGCCCCAAGAAGCAGCAGAGCCACUCUGCUCGCGCUGGUCUUCAGUUCCCUUGCGGUCGUGUCAAGCGUUUCUUGAAGUCCAACACUCAGAACAAGAUGCGUGUUGGAGCCAAGGCCGCCGUCUAUGUCACCGCCGUUCUCGAGUACCUGACCGCUGAAGUCCUCGAACUUGCAGGCAACGCCGCCAAGGACCUCAAAGUCAAGCGUAUCACUCCCCGUCAUCUCCAGCUCGCCAUCCGCGGUGACGAAGAGCUCGACACUCUCAUCCGCGCCACCAUCGCCUUCGGUGGUGUCCUCCCCCACAUCAACCGUGCUCUCCUGCUCAAGGUCGAACAGAAGAAGAAGAACAAGGCCCCCGAGGCGUAA